AUGGCUGAGAGAAACUGGUUGGUUUCGUUCGAGGAUCUUCCUUGUCAUUUGAUCUUGGAGGUGUUGACCUCUGGACGGCUCAAUGCGGUUGAUCUGCUUAGCCUUGAAUUGACCUCAAAGGUUUUCGGAGGCAGCUAUGCUCUGUACCCUUUGAAAUUCAGAUCUUUAGCUGAUUACGCAGCGUCUCAGCUUUGCUCUGUACACCCUGUCUAUGUUGGGAUGGGUUUGACUACUCAGAAAGAGCUCUUUGCGAAUUGUGAGGGAAACUGGAAGCGGCUUUUGAGGUUCUUGCAGUCAGUUGAGCAAUCCUCGGAUAUGGUUGAAACCUCUGCAGGCAAUAUGCAAAUUACAACGGGGAGGUAUCACACGUUGCUAAUCAACAACUCAAAGGUUUACUCUUGUGGUUCGAGUUUGUCUGGUGUUCUUGCUCAUGGACCAGAAACUACUCAAUGCGUAGCGUUUACGCCUAUUGAGUUCCCUUUAUCUGCCCAAGUGGCUCAAGUCUCAGCCACACAGAACCAUUCUGCUUUUGUAUUGCAAUCUGGAGAGGUUCUCACAUGUGGUGAUAAUUCAUCGCAUUGUUGUGGUCACUUAGAUACUAGCCGUCCAAUAUUUAGGCCUAAGCUUGUUGAGGCAUUGAAAGGAACUCCUUGUAAGCAGGUGGCUGCUGGGCUGCACUUCACUGUGUUUCUAUCAAGGGAAGGUCGUGUGUUUACAUGUGGAUCAAACACACACGGACAGCUUGGUCAUGGCGAUACCUUGGACAGACCAGUACCCAAAGCUGUUGAAUUUCUUCAAAGCGUUGGCCCUGUGGUGCAAAUCGCAACUGGACCGAGCUAUGUUCUAGCUGUGACACAGGAUGGCUCGGUUUACUCGUUCGGCUCUGGUUCUAACUUCUGUCUUGGUCAUGGAGAGCAACAGGACGAGCUCCAGCCGCGUGUUAUUCAGGCUUUCAAAAGAAAAGGCAUUCAUAUCCUCCGUGUCUCUGCAGGCGAUGAACACGCCGUGGCACUUGAUUCCAAUGGCCGUGUAUACACAUGGGGUAAAGGUUACUGCGGUGCUCUAGGCCAUGGAGACGAGAACGACAAGAUUACUCCUCAAGCUUUAGUCAGUCUCAAGAACUGUCUCGCUGUCCAGGUGUGUGCAAGAAAGAGGAAGACGUUUGUAUUAGUGGAAGGUGGGUUGUUGUAUGGAUCAGGGUGGAUGGGAUUUGGAAGCCUUGGGUUCCCGGACAGAGGAGUCUCGGACAAAGUUCUGAGGCCGAGAGUGUUGGAGAGUCUGAAACCACACCGUGUCUCUCAAGUAAGCACCGGUUUGUAUCACACCAUAGUGGUCACUCAAGGUGGUCGCAUAUUCGGUUUUGGGGAUAACGAGAGAGCACAGCUUGGUCACGACUCACUCCGUGGCUGCUUAGAACCUACCGAGAUCUUUCUCCAUUGUGGCCGUUCUCGUAGCCGGCUUUGUUGA